AUGACUGUACGGCAGAUAAAUGAAUCAGCAAGCAAUAACUGCAACUGGUGCUCGUACAUCUGGACUUUCACGUCGAGAAGAGAAGAAACCAGGGAUCCGGGCGAUGUUUUAUCCAUCUAUCUCUGCGAUUUCUAUCCAGGCUACUCCACACCUACCGGAAAGAACGCAUAUUACCUGACCAUGAAUUGGGAAUCCCAAAAACGCGCUACAGACAUCGGCUGGGCUCUUAGGCUUCAUGCUUUUACCAAUUCCACGGAUCUUGCUGCUCCAUUUGUCACAGCACGAAAACUCCAAACCGAGGUGUAUUCAGAUGCAUCAAGACAUCAGAUUCAACGCUGGCUUGCCGAAUGUGCCGAUCAUAACCAAUGCCCUGGGCAGGCUGAAACGAUUCUCCCUACACGAGUUAUAGAGGUAGCUCCUGUGGGCUCUCCCGACAGACCUCGACUUGUUGUCACUGCCGGCAAGAAAGGAAGAUAUGCAGCUCUCUCGUACUGCUGGGGCAGUAACUCUUACGGAGAACUCAACCAGUCUAACUUGAAUGAAUACAUUCAAACCUUGUGCUUGAAUUUGCUUCCCCAGACACUUCGCGAUGCCAUCGCAGUUACCAAAAGCAUAUCCGUUCCCUAUCUUUGGGUGGACGCCUUGUGCAUACUUCAAGAUUCCGACAAUGACAAAUCGCAUGAAAUGUCUAUGAUGGAGGGAGUGUAUAGAGAUUCUUUGGUUGCUAUCGUCGCUGCAAACUCGGAAGGGGCCACACAUGGAUUCUUGCAACCGCGGAAGACGCCCUUAGAAUCCUUCACUCUCCCGUUUCGUGUCUCUGAAAGCCAGUUUGGGACAAUGUCGGUGCGGGAACUGGAGGCAAUGGAAUAUGACGAAUCUUCAGAACCCAUCAACGAAAGGGCUUGGACAUUGCAAGAGAGUCUGCUUGCACACAGGUAUCUGAUCUAUUCAUCGCACACCUUACAAUGGCGCUGUAAUGCCGGUGUACGAAACUUUGGAAACUCCCUCCAUCUCGUAUCCUACGCAGAGGAGGACAAAUAUUCUCAUUCAUUCAGUACUUUGAAUAAGCCCGCUUCCGAUUCAGAGGGUGAAUUGAAGAGAUGGAUACGACUUGUGAACCUCUAUUCAAAGCGCUCUGCAUCUCUUCCCCAUGACAAAUUGAACGCGAUUUCGGCUGUGGCUAGGGAGUUCUCCCCCAGUCUGGGCCAUCAAUAUUUUGCCGGAUUGUGGGAAUUCUCAAUUCUGUGGCAACUUACAUGGGUCACUUCAUGCUCGUGGGACUCGGAGACCGUGAAUACUAGGCCAGAGGUGUAUCGAGCGCCCUCAUGGUCAUGGGCAUCAAUUGAUGGUGAGUUGUUCUACGGGACUAGUCUCCUAGAGACCGAUAAAGACGAGUGUCUUUAUAGAUGCGAUUUUAUAAGGUGUCAGGUCGAGCCGAAGUCGGUAGACUUCCCUUUCGGGGAGGUGUUGGCUGGAUCCUUGACGUUAAGAGGUGUACUAAGGCAGGCGUGGUUUAACCCCUCAAACAAUAAUAUUCUCUGGCUCGGCGAAGACGAUGAAAUAUUAAGGACUGCAGAGGCUCUUUGUUUGGCCAAGUCUAGGCAAGGCAGCUCGAAGGAGGCACAAGACAAUGAAUGGGCUGAUGAGGAUACGGGGGUUAAGGCCUAUCAUGACGAGGCAGGUGAUUGGCCUCCAAUACUAGUCUUCUGUCUUCCAAUCUCGGUGCAUGACGAGACCGUUUCAAUGGGCUUGCUUCUCGCAACAUCUGAGAAAGAAGCGUUCAGACGUGUUGGUUCAUUUGAAAACGCGCAUAGAAAGGAUUUUGAUCAUCUCCCGCAACGUGACAUCACAAUUAGAUAG